GAAAAAGCUCGUGGGAAUUCCCCGGUCCCUCGUGAACGCUGGAAGCAGAGCUGCGGGCUACCCGGAACUGCCCCUGCUUAUAAACGCUGGCCGGCGGGCGCAGCGCAGCACACGCGAUCGCCGCCUCUGCGCGCAGCAUCCCUCCGUUGCGCGCGGGCUGGCUCCGCCUGUGCACUGGUUUGGCUCGCUGCGCCCGUCUCCAGGCAUCUACCCGGACCAGCCCUCACCAGCCCCUGAGCAGCGGACCUCGUCGCUGACCGACAUGCCUCGCUUUCUCGCCUUCCUCCUCCUCGGCUCCGUCGCUGCCAGCGUAACGGAGAAAGAAGAGUUCAUCAGUGUUUGGCCAGAAAAACCUGUCGUGGAAUUUGGAGGCUCUGUUGUGAUAAACUGCAGCUCCAACUGUGACGGAAUUGGCAUUGAGAGCAACUUAGACCAGGUUCCUGCAGGAAAUGGGAGGACAUGGAAAGCCUUCAAUCUCACCAGUGUUGAAGAGUGGGCACCCACCCCAUCAUGCUAUGCUCAGUGUACAAGUAACAUAAAACCUCCACGCGCAGUGAUCACAGUCUACCGAGCUCCAGAGCAUGUAGCGAUGGACCCGGUGCCAGAGAUGGAGGUGGGCAAGGCAUACACCUGGUCCUGCCGAGUUUCCAACGUCGCCCCCAUCCGGAAUCUCACCAUUACCCUGCUCAAAGCAGGGGAAAAAGUUCUGGCGAAGACAUUUGAGUCUCAUGCUGAAGCUAAAGCUGGCGAUGCUGUAUUAAGGCAUAACGUAAUAGCCGAACAGGCUGACCGUGGGAAGGAACUCACCUGCCACGCAGCUCUGGAUCUGAGACCUGAUGGGCCACUCUUGGAAAAAACAUCCAGCAGUGAAGCACUAGCAGCAGUCGUUUUUUCCUCGGAUCCCCACCUGGAAGCCCCGCUUUCCAUGGAGACCAAUACCACGAUGGCUGUCCACUGCCAUGUGUCUGGAGUUUUCCCAGCUGAGGAGGCCCAGUUUGAUUUGCAGUUUGCAGGGAAGAGCUGGAACCUCAGCACAAGUGUGUCGGGGUCCAGCGUGAGCGCGCAGGCCCUGGUGUCUUCCUCGUCCACAGGAGAACACACGCUGCUCUGCACAGUCUCUCUGGGGCGAGUGAGCCGAAGGGUUGAGAAGACAGUGAAUGUGUACAGUUUGCCCAGACCCAGUCUGGAGACUGACUUGCCGCGGGUCCUCGCCAACGAAAGCGUCCUUCUUACGUGCCGAUGUAGUAAGACGUGCUCCUCCAGUAUUAAAAUGCAGAUCAGCGAUAGCAAGCAGAUCUUAGCAACUGGACAUGCUCCCACUGUCCAAUUUAGAAUGACAGCUCGGCAAGACCAUGAUGGGAGGGAAUAUGUGUGUCACGCAACACUGAACAUCCAUGGGCAGCUGGUUGAAAAAAAGACGUCUCUACGCCUCACUGUCUACUAUGGAGCCUGGAUGGACAAUUUGAGCUGCCCUGAUACGUUGACCUGGAGAGAGAACAGCGAUGAGACUUUUAACUGCUCUGCCUGGGGAAACCCACUGCCAACAGUUGAAUGCAGGAGAGGUGACAAACCUUUCAGGAUCGGGGUCCAACAGCGGAUCUACAGAGAGCAUCAUGGUCUCUAUAAGUGCACAGCCACCAACAAGUACGGUUUCGAUGUUAGAACUGUGACAGUUCACGUUGAACCUGCACAUCUUAACAUCCUUGCAAUAGCUAUACCAACUGUUUUGGCGUUGGCUGUACUUGGGGCUCUGGCGGCCUAUUACAUGUAUUACAGAAAGCAUAAAAUCAGGAAGUAUCGCUUAAAGCAGCAGCAGCAGCGGCGGCGGCAGCAGCAGCUGCAGCAGCGAGCAGCAGAGGAAAAAUGCCUGAACGGAAAUGCACAGGCUGAGAAUGUCUAAGUGGGCAGAUGGCUACUUGGAACUGAAAAGGAACUCAGCCCAAUGUUGGACAAGUUUCAGCUGCUAUGAGGGAUCACCGCCCCACCUAGUUUGGGGCAGAACCUGAGAAAGCCUACCUCUGGGGCAGAACAGCUGGUGGCAAUGCUGUUCUUGGCUUUUGUCUUGGCGAAUUCUGCACUUUCAGUUAUGGUCAGUAGCAUUCAUUACAAGGGAUGGGCUCAGAGGCUUGGGCCACGUGUCUCCUUGUUAAGGCCUCCUCUUCUAUCCAGGGCUGCCCUCCAGAUGCUUAGCUGAAGAGGUGACUGGACAGCUCUGGAAGGCUUAAGAGAGACCUGACAGCUUCCACUGACUCAGUGGAAGACCACAGUGGGAGAGCCUGGGCUGAUACGCUGGAUGGGGACGUUGGCAGCGCCAGUAAUGGACUAUUCAGUACUAAGCUUUUAGCCCUGUUGUGUGAACCUUUCAGCACCACCAGAUUUACCGGGAUUAUCUGUAGGCAAGGACAUGAGUACACGAGGCACUGGAGAAAUAAUGCCUAUUCCUCAGGAGGGUCACUAGCGAAUGUUUCAUAGCACAAGCUGGAAUGGCUGGGACUUCACGAAAGACCAAACCUCUUCUGGCUUAUAUGAUCUACAGCAGGAGCCCUGGAUGGUUUUCUAGUUUGUUUCCUGGUUCGAAAAUUCGAGAUUUUCUUGUUCAGAGACAGGAUGUGUCCUAUGUGUCAGUCUGAAUCCAACAUGAUGCUUUUCCUAAGCAGAAAUAAAGCUGGACAUCAAAACAGACUGUGAUAAAGGAAGGGCAGGGAACAGGCCCACGUUACCCAUGAUGGCUGAAACAACAUGCCACCACGGAAGAGCAGUGCUUCAUCAUACGAAAAAACUGUUGUGAUUAUUGUGGAUGUUCCAUUUGUCUUCCACAUUCUGCCCUGCAUGAGCAAUAGUCACAUUUGGCAAAAUGUGUGCAGGAGAGAAAACACUUGUACAUGUGAAAACACUUGUGGGGCUGCUUCAGGAAGUGCGUUUUUAAGUUAGGAUAGGGAGAAUGCUGUCACACAGAAUUUGUCUUUGUAGAAGCAUUUGGAUUUUCAAAGAACUUGAUUGAAACCCAACACUGGAUUUACAAAUUUUCCGUACCUUGAGUUCUGGAUGAUGAGCACCCACACAACCAUUUCCACAAAGGAACCACAAAUAAUUUUUCAUGCAUCUUCCAAACCAUGACGGAUCCUUUUUCAAAACCCGCAAGUCAUCCUAAUUCUCACUUGCACGUAUUUGGUUUUACAUUCAUGUUUUACUGCAGGAAGAAUUAUAGCAACAGCUUAAUACUGUUCAUACUAUCGGCCAGGAACUGUAGCAGAUAAAAGUAAAGUGAGUGGCCAUAGUGGGAGAGUGAAUCCAAGAGGGAUUUUUUAAAAAGUGCUUUGCCAAAUAAAUGAAAUAUUCGUUUCAAAA